GACUAACGGAACCACGCAUGUCUGUUAAAACCAGCAGGUUCGCGGUAGGCAGCGGCAGCUAUCUGAGGCCAUAGGUUGGAGCAGGCCCAUGUACCAACGUGUGUUAAAAAUAACUUUUAUCGCUUGUAGUCACCGAAAGCGCAUACUGUUUUCGUCACUAGUCUACAAACACAUGUCACGGACUACGCGUGGAUUCCUGUCAUCCUUUUCGUGAUUGUAAAUCUGCUGCUUCAAAAGCACCGAAUCCAACCGCAAGCAGGGCAUUCGCUACUGCACAGUGCUUGAAGGCAGGUCCACGUUCCCCUGCUGUGCAAGAAUUCUCCACCAUGGCAGAAGCCGCCCCACGCAGUCGUUCCCCGUCGCCUCACGGAGGCGCCGCUCAAGGUGACGGUAGCAGCGAUGACGACGCCUCGUCACACAGUUCACAAAACGCGGCUGCUGUCGCGCAGGAAGCCCUUGGCGCCAGUCCAAGCGAUUCAGGUGAGUCGCAAGACCUGGUGCCGAUGGAAGACCUGGCCUUCGACGAACAGGAGACACCACCGGAAGGCUCCUCGCCACCGCACCAAGAGUCCGAGCCAACGGACAGCGCGGCACCGCUCAUGGAACGUAUGGGCGCAAUGGCACGGCAAAUCGGGGACCACUUCGGGAAGUACCGCAUUGGUUACACGUUCCUCUUAGCGUUUGUGUGUAUCAUCGUAGCCGUGGUCUGUGUUGCCUUGGUAAUCGCCAAAUCGGCACCAAAAGAGCAAGCAAGCGCGACCACGGAGCCACCGACGCCACCACCGCCGAAGACUAGUGUGCUGGAGUAUUGGAGGCCGUGGCGCGAGCGGAAAGGCGACAACGGGCUUCCUCGAAUCCUGCGGUGGAACCGAAUCGAACACGCCAAGUUCAAAGUCGUCGGGUACACCGUCUGCCCUAAGGGACGUAACGAAACGGUGGUGUGCGACGUCACUCAUGACCGGUUCCUCCUGAUGAUCAGCGACGCUAUUGUUUUUGAUGACCAGCAUCUGGCGCAUUGGGGCAUGCCUCGACAGCGCAAGCCGUUUCAACAAUGGGUCUUUUGGGCAAGACGCCACGUGUCUGCUGACGUAGAUAAACCGAGUUCGGAAGACUCGCUUUCACUCCCGCUAUUCGCCGGAAAGAUCAACUGGACGAUGGCCUUCAGAGACGACGCCGACAUUGUCAUUCCGUACAAGACAUGGCGCUGCGAUUCGUCCACAAAUGCGUCUCUGGCGAAGAGCACAAAGCUGACUAGCGAGAAAAGGAAAGACGUCGCCUGGAUCGUGGGCAGUUGUGAGCAGAGUCGCUUUGACAAAGAAGCACGGCCCCAACCUGGAGAGGGCGACCCCGUUCAGAGUCACUGGGAGGACACAGUGAGCAUCCAACUCUUUCCAGCCUGCGGGAAAAAACUGUGCACAUCGCCGCGCGGCUGCAUUCCGCAUAUCGCCGAGAACUACCAUUUCAUCGUAGUGUCACUGAAACCAGACUGCUUCCAGAGCGCCUACGAACUGAUUUACGAUGCGUUCCAAUACAGCGUGGUUCCGGUCGUGUUGGCGCCACCCAACGCUACCCUCAACGUUCCCGAGAAUUCGGUGGUCAGUUCGUCAGACCUUCAGAAGCCGGGCGAACUUGCUGGGCGUCUGCGAGAACUCUUGAACGACCGUGCCUUGUACGAGAGCUACUUCGCUUGGAAGGAGAACUGCUCCUUCACGCCUUCCGAGGACGAAAUGUGUCCGCUGUGCCGUGCUAUUCGUACAACGCCCGCGGACUCCGUAAGCCUUCAUCCUGACAUUCAAGGAUGGUGGACCAAGGGCUUGAAGUGCGACAACGAUUUUUUGUACGGCCUCGACAGGGCGUUCUUGCCACAGCUCUGAACCAAACCUUCAGAGGCGGGCACUAGCAGUUCAGCUGGUAUGUUGAGGGCCCGGAGCAGCAUGCGUCUGGCACGCCGAACUCUACUGGCCUGGCUUAGCUGGCGCUGAAGUUUUGUCCAUUUUACUCUCAGUAUCAUUUUCAUUCGCAUACUUAUAGCAGUAUUUCUUGCAUUUACUGGGCAACUAUAUUUGUGCACUUGCAUUGGUACAUUUUUUCUGCAUGCCUUUCAAGAAUGAAUAAACGCUGCUUUUAGGAUUUCUGAAAUGAUUUUUUUUUUUUUUGCUCAGCAUGGAAGCAAGGCCGGAGCUACAGUUCCUACACU